AUGGGAAAUCGGAACGCUUUUGAGAAUAGUAACAAUGGCAUUGACUCGCUGAUUCAAACCUAUAAAUUGAAGGUCAUGAAAGAUGAGUUCAAACGACGAUCUGAUUCAUUCAAAUUUCAUCUCCGACAAGAUGUGCUGAAAGCUCAGAGCACUGUGGAAGCAAAAAAAAUAGACGAUGAGGCAAAACUUUUUCUUCAUAUUCCGUGUUACGAUCUAACGUAUCAAGAGCGAAUUGGUCAAGGAGCUUUCGCUGAUGUUUAUCUCGGUAAAUGGCUCAGUCGACAUCAUUGUGUAGCCAUCAAAAUUGUUCGUAUAACUCAUCUGACGGACACAGUGAAACAGGGUUUCUUGAAUGAAAUUGCCACCAUGUACAAGAGCCGCUAUGAACAUGUGCUCGGCGUCUUAGGCGCUUGCAUGGAGCCUAACUAUUACGCGCUCGUUUGCGAUUUUGGCUUGGCCAAAAUUCGAUCCGAGACAAGUCGACAAUCGGCUUCGUUCAGUGAGCAUCAAACAGCGGCGGGUACACUCCGAUGGAAAGCACCUGAACUUCUGAAGUUAGGCAAACCGUCGACAGCCAGUGAUGUCUACAGUUUGGGUGUUGUCUUUUGGGAAGUGGCUACCAGACUAUGGCCCACUUCAGCUUUACCGUUACCAAUUAUACACAAACAAGAAGAUAGAGUGACACUUGGUGUACAUGAUCUUGUUCUCUAUGACCACUGUUCUAUAUUUGAUGAUAACGAUUAUGAAAAAAUUUAUGUGAGCAUUGAAUUUCUCAAUUAUCCAUCGGAAGAACUUGAAACACCAUAUUCUCUACCAAAAGAAGUGCCAUAUACUACAUAUACAUUCAAUUUUCAAAAAGGUGAUAUAAUUUCCAUACGUUUAUACAUAGGAAUAUAA